UAGCCAGAAGAAGGAUCAGAAUGAGGAUACUGCUCUCUCGCCUCUUACGUCUUCACAUGAUUGCUUUUGUUCUGUUUUAUGCUUUUUCAGUAUGUCUUCCUCCGCCCUGCUUAGCCAGAGAUACCCUGAAGAUCGGGGGAAGGCUUCGUGACGGCGAAGGUGCCAAUGCCACCCUUGUCACCACGGGAGAUCAGUUUGAACUGGGUUUCUUUUCCCCUGCCGGAAGCCAAAACAGAUACCUAGGAAUAUGGUAUCAUGGGAUAGAACAGCAAACUGUUGUCUGGGUUGCUAACAGAGACAACCCCAUUCCUCAUUCAAGGACCGGAAUUUUUCAACUUUCGCUAGAUGGAAAUCUCACCGUGUUAGAUACAGAAGGAAAUCCUUAUUGGUCCUGCACGCCUGAACAAGUAUCUUCUCUCGCAAACCUCACAGUGAGGCUUAUGGAUUCUGGGAACUUGAUUCUGGCAGACGACCAAUUACAAGCGACCUACUGGCAAAGCUUCCAACACCCUACGGACACAUUUUUGGUGGGCAUGAAAAUGGAUGAAGAUGUAGUCUUGAAGUCUUGGAGAGCCUCUGAUGAUCCCGGCAGCGGUGAUUACACAUUUGCAGGUGGAAAAACAGGGGAUAGCAACUAUACAAUCUACGUCGACCACACCCUAGUUCGCUGGGCAGGCGAAACACGCCUAGAUUUCGGCUCAGAAGGAAAGAUACUUUCGCUGCUGGCAAACUUCACCCGAAGGCCUUCUACUUAUAAAAAACAAAUGUCAACAGUUCCACAUCCUUCUGAUUUUAACCAUACAAGGGUAGUGAUGAAUCAUACAGGAUACAUAGAAUUUUGGCGCCGGGAUGAGAUCGGAGGAUGGGUGACGGUAUGGAAGGAGCCAGGUGACCAAUGCAAGAUACAUAACUUCUGUGGAAACUUUGGCAGUUGCAAUAUGAAUAAUUCGCCAUACUGUAGAUGUUUGCCUGGAUUCGCUUCUAAGUCGCUGGGGGAGAAUCAGGUUCCAUCCUCUGAAGCUGGAGGUUGCUUCAGAAAAACAACAUCAUGCGGGCAAAACACGACAGCGUUCAUAGACUUGAAGAACGUGAAAGUCAGAAAAGCAGACAAAGCAGUCUACGCAGCGAAUCCAACAGAGUGCCAAUCUAAGUGCCUUAAUCUCAAUGGGUGUCCCAAUUGCACAGCUUAUUCAUAUGAUGCAUCAACAAAUUAUGAGAGGACGUUCUUAUCGUGUUCUAUUUGGACCGCCGAUUUGCCUACCCUUCAAGAGGAGAUUGAUACGGGUGUUAAUCUUUCUGUCCCGAUAAGUAAACUAGAUAUAGAACCAACUCCAAGGACGUGCAAGCCUUGCGGUGUAUUCACAAUUCCUUAUCCGCUGAGCACCAAACCAAGUUGUGGUGAUCCCAUUUACGUCAAUUUCACAUGCGACUCGUCAACCGGGCAGGUUAGUUUCGUCGUGGGACAAGAGAGUUAUAGAGUUGCUAAUAUUGACCCAGACAAGAGAUCGUUCUCCAUUCAAAUAAAAGAUUCGGGUGAUUGUGCUGCAAGCAGUCUAGGGCGUCGGCUCGAUCCGCCAUUUAGUGUGACUCAACAGUGCCACGGUGAGGCAAAGACAAUAAAGAUUAAUUGGGAUCCUCCAGGUGAACCUCCCUGUACUAAUUCCACAGACUGCGAGGGCUGGUCUCAUUCAACUUGCAAGGCAACCAGUAAUAGAAAUGGAAGAUGCCUCUGCGAUGAAAAAUAUCAAUGGAAUGGCCACAGUUUAAGCUGUACGCAAGAGCCUCCAAGAAGAAACAGCUCUAGAGUUUUGAUAUUAGCGGUGACACUUUCAACCUUGAUUUUCUUGGCCUGCAUUAUAACUUCUGCUUACAUUUGGAGAAGAAGAGUAGCCUCAAAUCAAGAAAAGGGAGAAAAUCAAAGAAUGAGAGAUGUCCUACAUGACAAUGAGAGAUGUAUCAAAGAUUUCAUAGACGCCGAGAGGUUGGAGGAAAAGGACGCUGAAGGGAUAGAGGUACCUUAUAUGGAUUUUAAUAGCAUCCUAUUAGCCACAGAUAACUUCUCAGAUGCGAACAAACUUGGACGUGGGGGUUAUGGGCCUGUGUACAAGGGCAAGUUUCAAGGAGGUCAAGAUAUUGCAGUCAAGAGGCUUUCAAGUGUUUCUUCACAAGGAAUGAAGGAAUUCAGGAAUGAAGUUGUCUUGAUAUCCAAACUUCAACAUCGAAACCUUGUUAGACUUUUGGGCUAUUGCAUUACAGGAGAAGAAAAAAUAUUACUUUAUGAAUACAUGCCAAACAAGAGUUUAGACACAUUCUUAUUUGAUCAUACACACAGAGAGAUUUUGGAUUGGCCAAUGCGUUUUGACAUAAUUUUAGGAAUUACUAGAGGAAUAUUAUAUCUUCAUCAAGACUCUAGAUUGAGAGUGAUUCAUAGAGAUUUGAAAACUAGUAAUAUUCUUUUGGAUGAGGAGAUGCAAUCAAAAAUUUCAGACUUUGGACUUGCAAAAAUAUUUGGAGGCAAGGAAACUGAGGCCAACACUGAGAGAGUAGUUGGAACUUAUGGAUAUAUGGCUCCAGAGUAUGCAUUAGACGGAUUUUUCUCAAUUAAAUCAGAUGUUUUCAGUUUUGGGGUUGUAAUGCUUGAAAUUAUCAGUGGAAAAAAGAACACGGGAUUCUUUCAGUCCAAACAAAUGUCCAGCCUUCUGGGUUAUGCAUGGAGGCUAUGGACGGAGAAUAACCUCUUGGAUUUAAUGGAUCGAUCUUUGAAUGAAAGUUGCAAUGCAAAUCAAUUCAUCAAGUGUGCACAAGUAAGUCUAUUGUGCGUGCAAGAUGAACCAGGAGACAGGCCCACCAUGUCGCAAGUAUUAAUAAUGCUUGAAAGUGAGACUGCAAGCCUUCCAACUCCAAAGCAACCGACCUUUUUUAUGAGCAGUAGCAGGGGCCUUUCUAGCUCUGCUUCUUCCAGUAAACCUGAAGGAAUUCUUCCCACCGACAGUACCUAUCAACAAGGUCGGUAGUGGAGAUUGGAUUAUAUUGGAUCCUGUCGGAAAACC